AUGGAUGAAGGAACUAAGAGAAUGGAAGAAGGCCUGAAUUCACCAUUGAAUGGAGAUGGUAUUAAGAAUGGUUUGAAGAAGCAGGUAACCAUAAAAAGCAGUGACGGAGGUUCUACCGUUGAGCAUGACAGAGACACAACGGCUGUGGAUGAGUCGGCGGAGCCACCACUGGUUAAGAAGAAGACCAAGAGAGUUGCCACCCUCGAUGCAUUUAGGGGUCUCACCAUCGUGUUGAUGAUCCUGGUAGACGAUGCUGGUGAAGCUUAUCCACGCAUUGAUCACUCUCCAUGGAAUGGAUGUACUUUGGCCGAUUUCGUUAUGCCGUUCUUUCUUUUCAUUGUUGGGGUUGCCAUAGCCCUUGCACUCAAGAGAAUCCCCAAGAAAAAGGAUGCUGUAAAGAAGAUAAUUCUUAGGACAAUUAAACUUCUCUUCUGGGGUAUAAUUUUGCAAGGGGGUUACUCUCAUGCUCCUAAUGAUCUUGAAUAUGGAGUUAACAUGAAAUUUAUCCGAUGGUGUGGCAUUCUCCAGAGAAUAGCUCUUGUAUACUGUGUUGUAGCUCUAAUAGAGACAUUUACCACCAAGCUUAGACCCACAACGUUGAGUUCUGGAAACCUAUCCAUUUUUACUGCUUAUAAAUGGCUUGGAGGUUUUGUAGCAUUUCUCAUUUACAUGAUCACAACCUUCACUCUCUACGUUCCUGAUUGGAGUUUCGUGGAUCGUUUUAACGGCGAUGAACCGAAGAGAUACACGGUCAUUUGUGGGAUGAGAGGACACCUAGGGCCAGCAUGUAACGCUGUCGGAUACGUGGACCGACAGGUUUGGGGGGUCAACCAUCUUUAUUCUCAACCUGUGUGGAGACGCUUAAAGGCGUGUACCCUAAAUUAUCCUGGAGAUGGUCCUUUCCGUGAGGAUGCUCCAAGUUGGUGUCGUGCUCCUUUUGAGCCUGAAGGCUUGUUGAGUUCUAUAUCAGCGAUCAUCUCUGGCACUAUUGGGAUCCACUAUGGGCACGUCUUGAUUCACUUCAAGGGUCAUUUGGAGAGGCUAAAACACUGGAUCUUAAUGGGGCUUGUGUUACUCAUCAUAGCCAUAAUCCUUCACUUCACAGAUGCUAUCCCAAUUAACAAGCAACUCUACAGUUUCAGCUAUGUUUGUUUCACAGCUGGGGCAGCUGGAAUUGUUUUCUCUGGGUUCUACAUACUGAUCGAUGUUUUGGGGCUCCGAACUCCAUUUUUGUUCUUGGAAUGGAUAGGAAUGAAUGCUAUGCUAGUAUUCGUGAUGGCAGCUCAGGGAAUAUUUGCAGCUUUUGUAAAUGGAUGGUAUUAUGAAGAUCCACGUAACUCCCUAGUACACUGGAUCAAGAAGCAUGUGUUUGACAAUGUCUGGCACUCGGAGAGAGUGGGAACCAUAAUGUAUGUCAUCUUUGCAGAAAUCACAUUCUGGAGCGUGGUUUCUGGCGUCUUACACAAAUUACGAAUAUAUUGGAAACUAUAAUUCC